AUGACCCGAUACAAGAGCACCCCCCUCUACGGCGGCGCCUUGGUUUGCGACUUGCCUGAGAAGUUCGCCGACGUCAGCAAACUACGCGAGGUCCCAGACAACCAGGAAGUCUGGAUUGACCAGGACGGCUUCACCAGCAUCAUUUUCGACAUCACGGAGCGCGUAGGCGCCGCGGGCAGCAGCCCCGAGAUUGACGGUCGGGCCUUGACGACGCACCUCGAGGAGCUCGUCGGCGAGGAUGUCGAUACCGUCAAGGUGUGGAACACGACUGAGACGUCCUUUUCGAGGUUGAGUACCGACGUCCCGGCCUACACGCUCAUCGCAACCCAGACCCCGCAAUCCAGGUCGGGCUCCUCGGCGCCCGACUUCACCGCCAUCAUCCUCACGCUGGUGCGUCUCGAGAAGGAGUCGACCGAUAUCCUCAUCACCAUCAACGUACCUCACAUCAAGGGGGAGUACGACGAGGCGGAUGUUGACUUGGAGCUCGGAAAGCAGGGCAAGCUGAUCGGCGACGCCGUCGAGUAUGCCGCACGCAUUUGGGAGACGUUCAAAGUCAAGGACUGGUCUCUUUUUGUCGAGGUUUGA